AUGUCUGUGUCUACACAACGCGUUGACGCGCCGCUUACUGCAUCGGCAACGUUUCUCGUGCUAUCUGUGGCCGAAACUGAUAACGCCACUAAUACGGUGCGAUCGGCUCUAGCAAGCAUUGAAGACCUGUCGAAGAAUGUUGCAAUACGCGACCCAGGUGCGGGCUUUACAUGUGUUGCUGCUAUUGGUAGUGGUGUCUGGGAUCGGUUGACAGGUUUGCCACGGCCGGCGGAACUGCACCCUUUCCCCGUUAUCAAGGGGAAAACCCAUGUCGCGGUCUCAACGCCGGGGGACUUGUUAUUCCAUAUUCGCGCAGAACGGCAAGACCUGUGUUUUGAAUUCGAACGGCAGCUCCUUGAUCUACUCGGUAACUCGGUUGCGGUAGUUGACGAGACUACUGGUUUCCGGUACUUCGACACGCGAGACCUGCUUGGCUUCGUCGAUGGCACGGCGAAUCCUGUAGGGUCAUCAGUGCAUCCUGCAACACUCGUUGCUCAAGAGGAUGACGAUUCAGCACACGUUGGUGGGAGCUAUGUGGUUGUACAGAAGUACUUACAUGACCUGAAUGCAUGGAAAGGGCUUUCGAGUGAAAAACAAGAGGCAAUAGUUGGCCGAACUAAGAUCGACAACAUAGAACUGGAUGAUGCGGCGGCUGACCAGCAACAAUCACAUAAGUCUUUAGCUACCAUUACAGAUGAAGAUGACAAUGAGUAUAGCAUCCUUCGUGAUAACAUGCCCUUUGGAUCACCUGGAUCAGGUCAGUUUGGUACCUACUUCAUUGGAUAUUCAAGACGACUCUGGGUCAUCGAGAAAAUGCUCGAGCGAAUGUUUAUUGGAUCACCGCCUGGGCUACAUGAUCGCAUUUUGGACUUUUCUACACCAGUGACUGGUACAGUCUUCUUUGCACCGUCUGCUAGCGUGCUGGCCCAGUUAGAAUGA